GUGAAUUGCAAUGUCAAGCAAGCACGAACCUCAAGGCGUUGAUAUCGUCCUUCGGUCACAAACUUCGUCCCUCAAGCUCAAGGCAGCCACCAGUCACUCAACUUUGAAACAGAACCGCGUGCAGCCCUCCAGCGCUGAUGCGGAUAUCCAGAUGGCCGUUCCAGCCUUGCGCUCAAUGAGUGCCAUGAGAGGUCUCCUCCUAGCAGAAGUCGGGGACUCGAUGGUAGAGUUCGACGUGUAUGGAAAGCCUGGGGAAUCCGGGUACCGCGUUGGCCAACGCAUAGCAGCGGAGUCUCUCAUGCCUCCGGGAAGCUCAAAAUUUGCCCCACCACCCCGAAAGGUCCUUUCCGCCCCAGGUCCUGUGGUCGGAAGUAUGGCCAGCCUGGCCACCAGCGCGACUCUUUUCGACGUCGAUGCCGUCCCUGCCCGGAGCGGCCCAGAAAUCAAGCCCCUUCUCAGAAACUCGAAUUCCAGAUUGGAGCCCGGUGCAAUUGUCCACCCUCACCCGGCAUUACGCAACGCAGAUAGCAGCGGAGAUCUCGGCACCGAUUUCAAGCCCGUUGUGCGAGAAAAGGCAAGGUGGAGGUCGCGUGUAGAAGUGGACAUCAUACUCGAGAACCACACUUGUGUGCAAGGUAGCUACCUCAAGGGGACAGUCAAUAUUCACAUCAAAAAAGGCUCUAAGAAGGAUACACCAUUGCUGCUUUCUCAGGGGAAGGUCAGGGUCGUCGGAUUUGAGUGCAUAUCGCAGAAGGAUAGCAAGUGCACAUUUUAUAAAUACUCAGCUCUUCUAUCAGAAAUUGCUCCAACGUGGAAAGGUCUCUUCAAAUCACCACCCGAUGAGGAUGGCUGGGCCGAAGCGCAAGAGGGCGUCCACGUCUUUCCGUUCGUGAUGCUUCUUCCUCCAGAUAGUGGCUGCGGCAUGGCGAAAGGGGUAUUGAGCAUAAGCUCCGGAGUGGCGAUUAAAUACAUUGUUAUGGCAGAGAUCAAAGUCAAGGACUCCGCGACAUCCAAAGAAUCCAUCGUUCACUUCUCCCGCGACUGUGAGAUAUGGCCACGUCUAGACGUUGUCUCCACGCUUGCCACAAACUCCCGCCCAUUAGUCGCAGAGGUUGCCACUAGAGUGUUCAUGGGUGGCCCAGGAAAAAUCAGGUUGUCGGCCCGUAUCCACCGCUUCCACUGGGUCGCCGGCCAAAGUUGCACCGUUCAUUUCCGAGUGGUCAAUGACUGCAAGAAAUUAGUAAAAGGCGCCGCCAUUGCGCUAAUACGAACACUGACCGUGUUCAAGCCAAAACCGCACUUGGAUGCUGGGGAUGCUGAUCCGGAUGCUUGUCAAACCUCAACGAAGGCAAAGUGCGUGACGGAAAGCGUUCUUGAGUUGGGACAGCGUUGCUCUAAGGGACAUGCGAGCGCAAAAGGGUGGUGGACAGGUGUCGCUCCCGGUCAGACGAGCGAGUUCAACCACUCUGUGAUAUUACCGCCCGACGUUCACUCUAUUGCCCGAACACGACUGCUGGAGGUUGAGUACACGCUUCGCAUAAGUGUAGGAAUCGGACGAUGUUCCUCGGAUGUACACGUCAUCUUGCCAAUUCGAAUCGUCAACUUUCUUUCGCUCGACCCUCCACCUACGGCGCCACUCCACACUCAAAGCAGGCAACGCCCCAUGCCAGAGUUUACGAAGCGUGAAUCGUGGUACCGAAAGUCGCGUGCUACAAGCAGGGAUCUUGUAGAGACCGACGAGACGGUCCCUGGUAUGAAAUAUGCCAGGGACAUAACAAUUGCCACAGAGCCAGAUAACGUUGACGAGAUGCCCGUCUUGAAUGAAGAACAUCAUCAAAACCCGAACACCAGUGUAGAUUCGGCGUCUAUUUACUCACCUUCUCAGUCUGCGGACACCAUCGGACACCGUGAAAACAUUCUCCACCCCGUAUCCGAGGAAGAUGUCGAUCAAGAUUUGGGGACACCCAGUGGCACUGCGAGCUUCGCCAGACAUAUAACAGCUUCAAGCAGUGCGGUAGAACCUCAUAUCCUUGCGCGUCCUCGAGGACCCCGUUCGACACCGAUUCAGUUCCAACCCCCCCAGACCGAAAGCACGCCAAACACGACGUUCCUUUCUCGUCGCGUUGAGGAGCGAAUGCAGAGUCCAGGCGCAAGCUGGGUAAUUGUCAAGCCAUUUACAGACCAUCGAGCAGAUGCAAUCAAGACGCAGAAGUCACGAAUCUCGAACUUUGGGAGCUCGUCGAUGAUCCUUCCCAGACCACCUGCGAUAUUAGAUGACCCUGCGAUACGUCCAACGGCAUCAACGUUGCUCCCAGGCACCCGACGUGUGUGAUAGAAGGCGAUCUGUAGUGAUCUGUGAGUAGUUUGGGGUUUCGUGCGGAAGGGACAUAGUGUAACAGAGUUCAAACUUGACUCGUCAGAUGAUGAUAUAACCCUCCAACAAGUGAUUAAUUGGAACAAAGCUGUUAAUACAUGAUAUGAUUGUAGAUGAUGGCACUAGGAAGUCGAC